CUAUAUCACUCAAGUGUUUGAGCAGUCAAUACUCAAUAGUACUUUCCACCUUCUUCUUCUUCUAGCUCUCACUUUCUCUCUCACAAAAUGGCUUUUACUUCAUGCUUAGCUUUUACUCUUCUGGUCUGUGUCCUCAACCUCUGCAUCAGAGGCACCUAUGGCGACUAUGGAGGCGGUUGGGUUGGUGGCCAUGCCACUUUCUAUGGAGGUGGUGAUGCAUCUGGCACAAUGGGAGGUGCUUGUGGAUAUGGAAACUUGUACAGCCAAGGGUAUGGAACCAACACUGCAGCACUGAGCACAGCUCUGUUCAACGAUGGCUUGAGCUGCGGGUCUUGUUACGAAAUGCGAUGUGACAAUGACCCUAAAUGGUGCCUUCCCGGAAGCAUCAUCGUCACCGCCACCAACUUCUGCCCUCCCAACUUGGCUCAGUCCAAUGACAAUGGUGGCUGGUGCAACCCUCCCCUCCAGCACUUCGAUUUGGCUGAGCCGGCUUUCUUGCAAAUCGCUCAGUACCGGGCUGGAAUCGUCCCCGUCUCAUUCAGAAGGGUUGCUUGUGUGAAAAAGGGAGGAAUCAGAUUCACAAUCAAUGGCCACUCCUACUUCAACUUGGUUUUGAUCACAAACGUUGGAGGAGCAGGAGAUGUGCACUCGGUUUCGAUCAAGGGCUCAAAGACUGGUUGGCAAUCCAUGUCAAGGAACUGGGGCCAGAACUGGCAGAGCAACAACUACCUCAAUGGACAAACCCUUUCUUUCCAGGUCACAACCAGUGACGGUAGGACUAUGACCAGCAACAACGUUGCCCCUGGUAACUGGCAGUUCGGUCAAACAUUUUCGGGCAGUCAAUUCUAGACUUUUACCAAGUUACCAUUUGAGGUCUCUGGUGAAAACUGGUGACUGUAUAUGUAAUAUUGUGAUUGAAAAGAGGAGGGUGAGAUUUGUGGGGUAGAUUAGGGAGAGGCAACGCCACGUGGGCGUCUAUUGCUGAGGUGGCUCAUUAACACCCGCUUGCUAGGCCUAUAUAGAUAAUGAUAUAAAUUUAUAUAGUGGAAAUUGUGAGUUUAUGGUUUUUCUAGAAACAGCAAUUUUCCAUGUGAUGAUUGAUAAGUAUCUUUGAAGGUUUGUAAAACCAGUUUGGGCAGCUACUUUGUUCUGUCGCCUUAAUCAAAUACUUGAUUGAUUUCUCAGUAA